CUUCAAACAUAGUACACAUAGCUAUUGUACUUCAUUCGACUCGACUCAGGAAUCGAUAUGUAUGCCAUGAAAUCAUGUAUCUUCCGUGCUGUCUGCGCUCAUGGUGAUUGGAUCACACUUGGGGACUGAAAUUGGCUGUAGUGGCCUGUCUGAUAAUACGGAGUACGUACUACACUGGACUGUCGCAAACUCUCAUGGUUGCAAGUGUAGCUGUGUACCGCCUAAUUCAUACUCAUUUAUUGGCGCGAUGCGAACGAAAGUGUUGAUAGAGGUCAAACCAGAUUGGCGAAAGACGCUGCAGGUUAAUUCGGUUCAAUUCCAACUAGUGACUAAAGAUGCGCGCUUACGGACGAUAUUCGCCUCGUUGUUUUGCCACCUCCACCCGCCCCAACUCCGUGCACGUCUCUCCUUGUUCUCAUCACCUACUAUUUUACAGAAUAUCCUGCUUUUCUGUAAAUUUUGUCCAAUACGACCUGCAUGCGACCUUUUCAUUCUCUGGGCUUUGUUCUUAUUGUCUUAUCAUCCCUCAUCAAUGCCAGCGUGACAGUUUACCACCAAGUUCCAUUGGGAGAUUCAACUACCGCUGCUGCUGCUGCAAAUUAUACCGGCGCCGCAGCUUAUGAUCCUACCGUGUUAACACCCCCACCUGUCCCUACGGGGCUCACAACGCAAUUCGGAAUCCAGCUUUCCAGUUCGUCAGCAGCUGUGCAGGGUCUGAGUAUACCGCAGAAAGGAUCGUUUAUGGGAUUCUCUAUCGAAUUCUCUGUCAUCAAUCAAAUCUUUGGUGUAAAUGCUACAUAUUUACAGGUUCCCUUUCUAAACCUCAUGGCCCUCCUCCGCGAACGAGCAGGCGAAGUGCAUAUCCGGGUUGGAGGUAAUACCCAAGAGACUGCGGUCCUCGUGGAUAGUCUUCCUGGAGGCGUAAUGAUAACCAAAGAAAAAGGCACUACGGGUGAUGUGACUGAAACGCCGACACUUGUUUACACGGCCGAGGUUUUCUACACCAUGGCGAACAUCUCAGCCCUUGUGAAUACCAAAUGGUUCCUUGGGAUGCCGUUCAAUGAUACAAGUAACCUUCGACUUGGGACCGUGGAAGUCAGUGAAGCCAUACUGGGCGGCCCUGGAUAUUUGCUUGGGUAUCAAGUUGGAAAUGAGCCCGAUCUUUAUGCAGCGCACUCGAACCGACCUUCUACAUACUCACCCUCCGACUACUUCGGCGAGUUUGGCAUAGUAGUUAACGCAGUCAACAAUGACGUCAACAUUCCUAUUAAAAAUAACUUGGUUGCCCCGUCUAUUUCGGGCACCUGGACUCCAGAAUCCGUGUGGAACACCGGACUCGUCGGAAGCUAUACUUCAAGCUUGGGAUGGCUAGCAGUUGAACAUUACCCGACGAACAACUGCUUUGCUGAGUAUGGCAUUGGCUCUCCUGUCAACCCACAAGACGUGUUUCAAAACUUCCUCAACCACACCUCUAGCAUUAAUAUCGUUGCUCCCUAUCUCAACUCCACCAACUUUGCGCAGGCUAAUGGAAAGCCAUUCAUUAUGAUGGAGACGAACACAGCAUCCUGCGGUGGCUUACCAGGAAUUAGUGACACUUUCGGCGCGGCUCUUUGGGCACUCGAUUAUGGCCUUCAAAUGGCUUAUAGCAACUUUUCGGGCUCAAUGCUGCACAUUGGUGGUCAGGAGACGUACUACAACCCUUUCACUCCGCCUCCCACGAACCAGUCGGCGUACCACCAGUGGACGGUUGGCGCUGUAUUUUACAGUACGAUCGUUUCUGCCGAAGUAUUUGGGCCAUCUGGGAACGCCCAAAUUGUCGACCUGCAGGCCAACAGCAUCAGCAUGUAUACCCCGGCCUACGCGAUCUAUGAGAAUGGUGCUCCCAUGCGCCUUGUGUUGUUCAAUUACGUGUCAGACCCGACCGGUGCGAGCGAUUACACAACAACGAUUUCCAUCGGCGGCUCUACCAUGCCUGCACAAAUAAAUGUCAAAUAUUUAGCGGCCCCUUCCGUGUCUGAGAAGUACAACAUUACAUGGGCGGGUCAGACCUUUGGCUCAACCUUCCAGUCUGAUGGCCGCCUAAAAGGCUCAGAAAGUGUGCAAACGAUCAACUGUGACCAGUCGUCCAAUACUUGUCAAGUGACUGUCCCCGCCCCUGGCGUCGCACUCGUCUUCCUCUCCUCCGACGCUUAUGCAGAGUCGGGGAACCCCUCGACCCAGACGUUCUCUACCACGAUGGUGACGAAGACAAAGAACACAGCGACCGUCGACCCAAGUGUGCUAGCGACCUCGAAUGGGAUGUCAGGCUCCACGUGGGAGCUUGGGAGUACGAGUAAGGAGAACACUGCUGCAGGCUUAAGAGGUUCGCUUUCGGUCGUUUCUGUUGUUGGUGCCGCUGUGCUGAGUACAGGGCUGCUAUGGACACGAUUCCGGGCAUCAUCUUGUUGAUGUCAAAAUUGUUGAUACAGUACAUAUGAAUCUCCGUCAGACUUUGGCAUCUACGCAAAAUUCUUGAUACCGUACUUAUGUUACAACACUGCUUCAUAUUUAGUUGUUGUUUUGGUGAGCCUGUAGUUCUUAGCUUGACAAAACAUUCGCUUUUCCUCGCAAAACU